UACAUUCGGGAUGUUCAGGAUCAAAAUUUUAUCAAAGAAAUCCUAACAUUUUUCAGGAAGAUCCAAAUUUCGAUGUUUUGAAUCCAACGGAAUUUCCAGACGAUCAAACAAUUACAAUGCAACAGCUCAGAACUCUUCUUACGACUUUUCAAAAGGACAAUGAGGCACAGAUUACAAAACUCAGAAAGGAUUUUGAACUUACUCUAAAAAAUCAGGACUAUCGCAUUCAAAACCUAGAGAAGAAAAUAACCGAACAAGAGAGGAUUAUUUCGGAUUUGCAGCAAAGUUUUUCUUCUGUUAAUUCACAUGAAAGCCCGUCCGACAAUUUUAUUCUUAAACAAGAAGAAAACGUGAAUCACAUUCAUAAACUUACCGACGAAAUAGCAAUGUCUAAUGUGUCUUCCAUAAAGGAGGAAGUUAGGGUUUCCAAAAAUAAAGAUGUACAAAGUCUUCAAUCCAAAGAACAUAAGAAAUAUGAAAGAAAAGAUAGGUUGUUAUCCCCAGAUGUAAUAGCACCUGGUCCAGUGGUUGCCUUCUACGCGUACAUGUCUGCCAACCUCCCUGCCAAUGUAGCAACGCCUCAUCAUGUUCUUAUUUUUGACCACGUUAGAACCAAUAUUGGUAAUGGGUAUCAUCCUUCAACUGGAGUUUUUAUAGCUCCAGAGACAGGGGUGUAUGUAUUCAUGUGGAAUUUUAUGAAUGGCGGCGGAAGUUAUCACUCCACACAACUCAUGAUAAAUUCAGAAGAGUGGGGAAUAGUGCAUACUCACACUGCUCCAAACACUUGGACGCAGGUCACGGGUUGUGUGGUGGCCCAUGUAAAUAAAGGGGAUGAUGUUUUUGUGAAAACGUCAGGUUCUAGCUCAGGACUGAUAUAUAGUGAUAUAAAUGGGAAAACUUCAUUUUCCGGAUGGAAAAUUGAUUAUUAA